GUAGCAGCGGUUGCACGUGGAUGGUGUGUUUGUGCGCGGACUGUUUCACGUGGUUUCUCUAAACAUUUUAUUUCACUGACCUCGUCGAACGUAGUCGGUCGGACGCCGUCAAGCACAAUGGGGCGGCCGCCGCGGGGCCGUAAGCGACGGGCAGCGGACACUCCGAAGCUGUCCAAGAAAGACAGGCAGCACUGGGUCAACUUUGGCGAAGAGCACCCGGCCAACGAACGGCCGUCAGUAAGCGAUCGCGCCGCUGUGGUCGUUCCUUCCGAGGCCGCAGCCGAUUCCGACGAUGAAGAAAGCUCCCAGCAGUCGGUGGACUCCGGCAGCGAGAGCGACGAUGCUGUGGGCCAACUGCUGGGCACAUUCGAUAACCGCCGAGCUGCCAGUGGCGAUGAAUCGUCGGACGUCGACGAACCGGGCAGCGGGAGUGAGGAUCGGCCGCUGGACGCGAAGGAUGACGGCGCGAGCGAGCACAGUGCUGCUGAAGACGAGGAGCAGGAACAGGAACUUCCUGCACAUAAUGAUCCCUUCUCUGUGCACUUUGAGUGGAACAUCGAAGGGGAUAAGUUUCCUCUCGAAAAUGCUGAACGAACUCGCCACGAGCUACGCUGGCCAACACUGGGGCAGCUUCGAGUCAUGGGAACAAAGGAGAACCCCCGAGAUGUUGCCCUCACACGAGCCUCGAGCAAGGACAGCCUGUGGCUUAAGAGUUCCCUGGCUAUACCUGAAGUGCUGACACCACUUCAGUUGGAGCUGCUGUCUGUGCUGACCUCCUACAGAGACCUACUUUUCACAGAGCGCACGCUGACAAAUGGUGAAGAAGUGCGGGCGGCCUACUGUCUACAUGCCCUCAACCAUGUGCUCAAGAGCCGGUCUCGUGUCCUUCACCACAAUGCACGACUGCGUCGAGGUGCCAACACGGAGCUGCGAGACCAAGGGCUGACACGGCCACAAGUGCUCUUUCUGCUGCCUUUCCGGGAGUCGGCUCUGCGCACUGUCAAGCUGCUUGCCCAGCUGCUGCCUGCAAAAGAAGUGGCCCACAUGUCCCGGUUCCUGAAGGAGUUUGGCUGCGAGGAAGAGAAGAAGCGUUGGCUGGAACGCCCCGAGGACUACGAACAGACUUUUGUGGGCAACACUGAUGAUGCGUUCCGGUUGGGCUUGAGUGUGUCGGGCAAGAGCCUGCGGUUGUACCGAGACUUUUAUGCCUCUGACAUCCUGCUGGCCUCGCCCUUGGGCUUGAGGACCGUCGUGGGUGCGGAAGGAGAGAAGGACCGCGACUUUGACUUCCUCUCUUCCAUCGAGCUGGUUGUGGUGGACCAGGCCGACGUGCUACUCAUGCAGAACUGGGAACACGUGGUGCACCUUUUGGAGCAUGUGAACCGGCCAGCUGUGGAACCGCAUGGGGCAGACUUCUCCCGCGUGCGCCUUUGGUGGCUGCAUGACUGGGCGCGCCGCUUUCGCCAGACAGUGGUGCUGAGUGCAGUGGCCCAGGCGCCCAUCUCAGCUCUGUUGAGCAGGCAUGCCCAGAACUAUGCGGGCGUGGUGACCUCCGCUAAUGCCCUGGAACCAGGCUCCAUCGCAGAGGUGACGGUUUCCCUCGCCCAAGUGUUCCAGCGCUUUGAGGCUGCUUCGGCCGCCGACGUGCCUGAGGCACGCUUCCGCUUUUUCACCGAGAAGGUGCUGCCACCGCUGCUGCGAGAGGGCUCCCAGGGUUGCAUGGUGUACGUGCGCUCGUACUUUGACUUCGUGCGGCUGCGCAACCACCUGCGCUCACUCGACGCCAGCUUCUGCCAGAUCUGCGAGUACACAUCCGAUGCCAAGGUGUCUAGAGCACGAGGAGUCUUCUUCACUGGCCGACGGCGGCUGAUGCUGUACACAGAGCGAUUCCACUUCUACCGCCGUUACCGGAUCAAAGGCGUGCAACGCCUCGUCUUCUACGAGCUACCGACGCUGCCUCAAUUCUACCCCGAGCUCUGUCGCAUGGUGGCCACGGGAAACAACGGCUGCACCAGCCUCUUCUGUCGCCAGGAUGCGCUGCCCCUGGCAGCUGUUGUGGGAAGCUCGCGUGCCGCGCGCAUGCUGCACACCGACCGUGACGUACACGUGUUCGUGUCAGCAGGCCAGUGA